AUGCUCGGCACGAGGGAAGAUCUAGAGAGGUUGGUUUUCGUCAAGGAGUCGGGGCUGCGCAACCAGUGUUCAGCGACGCCUCAGGAACAUGCCGAAACCGCUAGAUGUUGCUACUGCUGGUUUCAAAACCCCAUGUGGACUGUCUUGGAAGGCUGGAGGGUAUAG